AUUUCAUUUCAGUGUUUAUUUUAUAUGUAUUUGAAAUUUAAGUUUGAAAUCAUUAUAAUGUGUUAAAACUGUAAUAUAAGAUUAUCUUGAACGCAACCUUUUGGGGUUUCAAGUGGUCAGAGGUCACACCUGGGCAUUGUGGGAUAUUUUUACAAAAAAGAAAAGAAAGAGAGGUCCUACAUGUGCUGAAGGAGAGCCAAACGUGGCUACUGAGGACAAUAUUCUGCACGGUUGGAGAGGCGCACACGUUUUCACGGUGUCUGAUGACAGAGAUGCUUGAGAGAGAAUAAAACAUCAUGAAGGACAUCUGUAUGAUGCGUGGCCAUAUUUCUUGAACCGGUGCAGCUACAGUGAAAACGUAACGCCAGCAGGCCAAGAGUCCCGAGUGAUGAGCGGUGCGCGUUGCGACGAGAGAGAGAAGCAUCGCCUGCACCGCGUGUGACCGGAGGAGUGAAGAGAUAAGUGGCGUGCUGAAUCACGGGAGACACGUUCCUGUCACCGGGUGAAGAGUACCGCGAUUCCGCUGUUAGACGGCAGCUCCAGCGUGGACCACAGCUCUGCGAAUAUCCCAUACGGGCCACAGCGCGCAGUGACUGUUGUAAACUAUUGCUGGCACAGAGGACACAGGGGAAAGCGGCUCUGCAUACGGCGUCAGAUGUGUGAGUGCAACUGUGCUUCUUGGUGGAUUGCACAGUUUGAAAGAAAUGACUGGGUAAAACCAAAAUAAUUUCUAGAGACAGUAAUUCAUUAAUCUGUUUAAAAACAAACAAACUAACAAAAACAUUGAACGUUAAAACACUGGUUUAAUAUUGAGAGACUGAAUUAUCUUUGUUACAUCAGUCAAUGUUGUUCCUGAUUUAUCGUUAUGCCUAAUGGUUGUUAAUGUUAAUGGUGUUUUUGAUCUGAGAGUUUAAAAAGCUAAUCAAAUGGGUUUUGUUUGAGAAAUAGGAACUGAUUGCACUGCUAAAAACAUAGUAAUUAAGAAUUCAUUUGAACAUAGCAGUGACUAGUGAUAUACAGUGUUAUACAGUACAAUGUCAGUUUAUGAGGAAAAAUCAGAAAGUGCUGAAUUUAAUGAACAAAUAGAGUUCCUUCAAGAGGAACUAAAGGGUUUGAAUGAUCAGCUACUGUCACAAACUAAUGAGGAUGAACGGGAAAACUUAGAGUUACGCAUAGGUGAUAUUCUUGCUAAAUUAGAAAUCCUAAAAGUAACAAUGGCUGAGCCUAUCCCCACAACAUCCCAGACAGUAGAAACCAGAAAAUCUUCACGGGAGAGAAAGUUAACUCCAAAAAUGCAAGAGCUACAGCAACAAGAGCUUUCUCAAAAAGAGAAGAAAUUCCUCAACCUGUAUGAAAAAUGGAAAGAGCAGGUUAAAACUGCACGUACUAAUCUUAAAGAGGAGUGCCCGGAUGAAAACUUGUGUAACAUGAUGGAUGCUGUUGAAUGUCUAGAAACACAAGUGAGAGACUCAUAUGAAAAUGUAAGAUCUCAGUUAGCCCCUUCCACUGAGAUCAGAAGGAAAAUGGACUCCUGCACAGCAGUAACUAGAGACUUGAUGGAGCUCAUGAAGGUGCGCAUGAGUGAAGUGGGGCUGGAGGAAUUUGAUGCUAAAGUAGAAAAUGCAAGGCUUCAUUUGGUUCUUGACAAAGAAUAUGCCCAGUCAAUAUUUGGAUCUUCAAGGACUAAGACUACUGUUCGUAGCCAACAUUCCAACAGAACUGCAGACCAGCAAAGUAUCACAGCAAAAAGAGCAGAGUGCGUUGCACAGUUGGCUGCAAAGAAAGCUGAAAUGAACAUGGAAGAAGCAAUCGCUGCACAAAGACAUGAACUUAAAAGACUAGAAAAUCAGAGAGAUCUUAAUGUUAUAGCUGCUAAGAUUAAGGCAUAUUCUGAAGCCGACUCAGAUGAGAUUUGCAGCGAAAACAAAUCAGUAGACAGUAAAGCAGCCAGGAGUCCUCCUGUACCCUUUAAAGAAAUUAAAGAAGAACAAACAUGUCAGAACAGCAACGAACAAGCAAACAAUGCUAACAAUGAGACAUCCUUGAUACAAGCCCUGCGUGACACAAUGGUUCUUACCAGACUUCCAACACCUGAGCCCUCAGUCUUUUUUGGAGACCCGCUUAAGUUCAUAGAAUGGAAAACGAGCUUCAAAGCAUUGAUAGAAUGUCGAUGCACAAAUCCAGCAGACAAGUUGUUUUACCUGCAGAGAUACAUCAGUGGUGAGGCACGAUCUGUUGUGGAAGGAAGCUUCUACAGGAAAGAUGAGGAUGCUUACAAUCAAGCAUGGGAGGCACUAAAUGCUCGUUAUGGUCAUUCCUUUGUAAUUCAGCGUGCAUUUAGAGACAAGUUAAACAAUUGGCCAAAGAUUAAUUCAAGAGAGUCCCUUAAAUUAAGACAAUUCAGUGACUUUCUGAACACUUGCAGCAAUGCCAUGCCUCACGUCAAGGGACUCCAAGUGUUAAAUGACUGUGAGGAGAACCAAAAAAUGCUCCAGAAGCUUCCUGAGUGGUUAAUCUCUCGCUGGAAUCGUCAUGUAACAAAACAGCUGAGAAAAACAGAGGAAUACCCCAAUUUCAAAGAGUUUGCUGAGUUUGUGGCAACAGAAGCCGAUAUUACAUGCAAUCCUGUGACGUCCCUUCAGGCAUUGAAGUCUGUGGAGGAGAGGCCCUCAAGAGAUGUUAAACGUCAAAGGGCUAGUGCAUUCAGCACAAGUGUAAAAGCAGACGGAUUAGAUAAACCAGUGAUUGUGAUGAAAACUAGCAGUGAUGUGGAGAGCAACUCAAAAGGUUCAAAUGCAGUAAAGAAAGUGAACAUGUCAUCAGUAUCUCCAAAUUCUCUCUCAUGUCUAUGCUGUGAAGAAAGUCACUCCAUUCACAAAUGCCCAACGCUGUCCAGUAAACCUGUAGAGGAAAAACGGAGGUUUAUUUUGGACAAUAAUUUAUGCUUCGGUUGUCUCAGGAGAGGACACAUUUCAAAAGACUGCAGGAAUAAAUCUACUUGUGGCAUAUGUAAGAAAUCACAUCCAACACCACUUCACGAGAGCAGAGCUCCUGCUGCAGAGACAACUUCUCAUGCUGUGAACGCUGAUGAAAAAACCUCAUCUCUUUCCUGUAGCAUUAACAGAGUUGAAGGUGAGAGCACAUCCAUGAUAGUACCUGUGUGGAUUUCUUUAGAAGCCACCCCAGAAAGUGAGACAUUAGUGUAUGCCCUACUUGAUACGCAAAGUAGCAACACUUUUGUAGAUCAAGGAGUAUGUGAAAGGAUAGGAGCAGGUUCAGAGCCAGUCAAAUUGAAGCUUACCACUAUGAUGGCAAGAGAUUCCAUUAUACAGAGUGAGAGAGUCAGUGGGCUUAGAGUUAGAGGGUUUGCUUCUAAUAGCUUCAUUGACUUGCCACCUGCUUAUUCCAGAGAUUUCAUCCCACUUGAACGUUCUCACAUUCCUACCCCAGCUACCGCCAAAAAGUGGAAACAUCUGAUCAACAUAGCACAGGAAAUACCAGAGCUGAUGGAUUGUGAGGUUGGCCUUCUUAUAGGUUACGACUGCCCCAGAGUCUUAGCUCCCCGACAUGUCAUUACAGGAAGUGACGACGAGCCAUAUGGUAUCAAAACGGACCUGGGUUGGAGCAUUGUUGGCAACUCAUCACGGGUGGCAAAUUCAUCAGAGGUGACAGGUCUGUGCCAUCGUGUAUCUGUCAGAGAACUUCCACCAUUCACACCAGCCGCUGUCAUCAGAGGCCUGGAAGCUGAUUCAAAGCCACAGCUCAUGGUGGGAGAUCCUGAAGUGAAAAUGACACAAGUGCUGCAAACGGCAGCAGUUGAAGAGGAAUGUUUUCUAAAGAGGUUCGAGAAGUUCUCAAAAUGGCAAACAGCAGUGAAUGUUGUUGCUCGGAUUAAAAAAUUAAAAGGAGUCAAACCAGCAGAGCCCAUAAAUGUGGAAGACAGAAGACAAGCCAGUCUUGUCCUUGUGAAAUUGGCACAAAAGGAUGCCUUCCAAGAGGAAAUUGAAGCCCUGAGUCAAAGUAAACUGCCACAUAACCAUCAGUUGUUCCAGCUUGAUCCAGUGUUGCAAGAUGGUGUUCUCAGGGUGGGAGGGAGAUUAAAAAAUGCUUCCUUAUCUCAUGACAUGAAGCAUCCAGUAAUCUUACCAAAAUGUGGGGUGAUCACACGGCUGAUUCUAGGUUACUGUCAUGAAAAAAGUCAGCACCAAGGCAGAGGGCAGACCCUUAAUGAGCUUAGAACAAAUGGUUACUGGAUAGCUGGUGGCAGCAAAGUUGUGGCAAACUACAUCAAACAAUGUGUCACGUGCAGAAAAGCUCGCCGACCAACAGAAACACAAAAAAUGGCAGAUUUGCCCACUGAUCGUGUUGAGCCCUCACCACCCUUCUCUUUCUGUGGGAUGGAUUGCUUCGGACCUUUUCUCACUAAGCAGGGUCGUAAAGAGCAGAAAAGGUACGGUCUCAUAUUCACCUGUCUAUCUUCAAGGGCAAUUCACAUAGAACUAUUGGAAGAUCUGACAACUGAUGCAUUCAUAAAUGCACUGCGGUGUUUUAUAGCUAUUCGUGGAGCUGUAAGACAAAUCAGGUCAGACAGAGGAACAAAUUUUGUUGGAGUGAAAAAUGAGUUGACAAAGGCUUUAAAAGAAAUGGACAAUGACAGACUGAGGUCUUACCUGGCUGAGAAACAUUGUGAUUUCAUUAUGAAUGUACCUGAUGCCAGUCACAUGGGAGGAAUUUGGGAAAGGCAGAUAAGGACAGUCAGGAGUGUCAUGAGCUGGGUCCUUUCCAAGAGCACAGGCAGAUUAGAUGAUGCUUCCUUAAGAACCUUUUUCUAUGAAGCUAUGUCGAUCGUUAAUAACCGACCUCUCACAACUGACAGCAUCAACGAUCCUAAAAGUUUAGAGCCAAUCACUCCAAAUCAUCUACUUACCAUGAAAAGCUCUGUUCCACUUCCUCCUCCAGGGAAAUUUGUGGCAGAAGAUGUGUAUGCCAGAAAAAGAUGGCGCAGGGUACAGUACCUAACUGAACAGUUUUGGAGUAGGUGGAGGAAAGAGUAUUUAGCAAACAUCACACUCAGACAACGCUGGCACUCUUCAAGGCGUAAUGUGAAAAUUGGAGACAUUGUUAUUGUCAAAGAGGAUGAAAUUCCACGCAAUGAGUGGAGACUUGGAAAAGUGAUAGAUGUUUGUAAGGAUGGAGAUGGACUGGUACGAAAAGUUACUGUACAGAUAGGAAACAAAAAUCUUGGAAAAGAGGGUAAAAGACUUUCUAGUUCAUCCAUUCUUGAGCGUCCUAUUCAUAAAUUGGUUGUACUUGUAGAAAACAACUAAAAUGUGUGAUAAUGAAACCAGGUUUACUAUUGAGAAGAGUUUAAAGUAUCAGUUAUGUAAGCUAAAAGGUACAAGAUAUCAGUGUUUAUUUCUGAAAGUUACCAGAUUUAUUUAAAUGUUUUCAUAGAAGUUAUCAUAAAUCAUAGUAACUUGGUGGGAGUGUAACUGUCUGAGAGACAGGUAUUUCAUUUCAGUGUUUAUUUUAUAUGUAUUUGAAAUUUAAGUUUGAAAUCAUUAUAAUGUGUUAAAACUGUAAUAUAAGAUUAUCUUGAACGCAACCUUUUGGGGUUUCAAGUGGUCAGAGGUCACACCUGGGCAUUGUGGGAUAUUUUUACAAAAAAGAAAAGAAAGAGAGGUCCUACAUGUGCUGAAGGAGAGCCAAACGUGGCUACUGAGGACAAUAUUCUGCACGGUUGGAGAGGCGCACACGGUAGUGUACUUUUAUUUAGUUUUUCAUAUUUGGUAUUUAUGUUUAAAAGUGACCUUUUGUAUGUUCCUUUGAUGUUUUCAGUUUAAGCAAUUAACGGGUGUAUUUGGUUGUUUUUGUAUUUUUUGUGUGUAGUUUUCACGGUGUCUGAUGACAGAGAUGCUUGAGAGAGAAUAAAACAUCAUGAAGGACAUCUGUAUGAUGCGUGGCCAUAUUUCUUG